AUGGCCGUCCACAUACAUGGGUAUUCACAGAACUUCUCGAGAAAUGAAAGUGGAUUUGCGUUCGUAGAAAACCCUCGGCUCCAACCCGGAAUACAAGCUCUUUUAAUCAUUCUUUAUGGACUCAUUACACUGUUUGGAGUUGGGGGUAACCUCACCGUUUGUUAUAUAGUUGUAAGUAACAAGAGAAUGCGAACUGUAACAAAUUAUUUCAUUGUAAACUUGGCAAUCAGUGAUAUUAUUAUGGCAUUGUUGUGUAUACCAAUGACGUUUGUCGCUAGCGUGCUCCUACAAAGCUGGCCAUUUGGGGAUGACCUUUGCCGAUUUGUAACCUACAUCCAAACCGUGGCAGUAUUCCUGAGUGCAUUCACGUUGGUUGCCAUAAGUCUAGACAGAUAUGUGGCCAUUCUUUAUCCACUUCGACCGAAACCAACCAAACGGGCAGCAAUGUUUGCCAUUGCAGUGGUAUGGGCACUGGCCUUCAUCACCCCCUUGCCCACCGCGAUUCUAUCGAAAGUUGACGAGUAUCUUAGUUGUCGGGAAAUGUGGAAGACUGACCAACAGAGAUUUCACUAUUCGGUUGCCAUUAUGGUCCUGCAGUACUUUCUCCCUUUGCUGGCUCUCGUGAUCACAUAUGCUAGGAUAGCCAUUGCCAUUUGGGUGAAAAGGCCACCGGGUGAAGCGGAGAACAAACGAGAUCAAAGAUUAGCUGCCUCAAAAAGAAAGAUGGUGAAAACUAUGAUAACUGUAGUUGGCGUCUACACAUUUUGCUGGUUGCCAAUUCACUCCGUGACCAUAGCAUUGGAUCUUCAUCCAGAACUUCAUGGCUACUACAUAUUUGUUAUCUGGAUAAUAUGUCAUUGGUUAGCUAUGAGCAACUCCUGCGUUAACCCCAUUAUAUAUUGCUGGAUGAACCCGAAAUACCAAAGAGGUUUCCUUUAUGCGUUCCGUUGGCUACCCUGUAUCAGAAACAAAGCCAUUCCCACCCCAGCAGUCAAAUUUACAAGCACAUUUCGAACCAGUUUAAGAACAGUAAGUGUAAAGUCAAAUUCAUCCAGAAAUGAAAAUGGCAGAUUUAGUAAUUAUAGAAUAAGGUAUUUUCGAGAGACUGGCCGUAAAACCUCUCCCAAGGAAAUUGAGUUCAAUAAAGUUGCUUGUAGGGAAGAUGUGGUAAAUGAUACGGAUAUCGUUCAGAGUAAGGAAGAUACAAGUUCACACCAACAAGAAGAGUCAUUUUCUUCUUGUGUAGAUCACGAGUGUGUUGAAGAUUCUCGGAGAUAA